UCAUUUCCACGUUUGCAAACGCCGCCGCUCCCAGGCCCGCCACGCGCGCUGCCCGAGCUCCGCGCGCGCCCCCGCCGUCUCCGCGCCCGACCCCCGCUCCUCUCCUCGCCGCCCCCGAUGGCGUUCAGGGCCAGGGGCUGGCGACCCCCGCCGCCGCCGCUGCUCCUGCUGCUGCUCUGGGUGACCGGGCAGGCGGCGCCCGUGGCCGGCCUGGGCCUGGGCUCCGACCCGGAGCUGCAGAUCGAACGGCGCUUCGUGCCCGACGAGUGCCCGCGCACCGUGCGCAGCGGCGACUUCGUGCGCUACCACUACGUGGGCACCUUCCCCGACGGCCAGAAGUUCGACUCCAGCUAUGACAGAGACUCCACUUUCAACGUGUUUGUGGGGAAAGGACAGCUGAUCGCAGGGAUGGACCAAGCUCUGGUCGGGAUGUGCGUGAACGAGAGGCGCUUUGUGACGAUCCCCCCCAAGCUUGCUUACGGGAGUGAAGGCGUUUCCGGUGUGAUACCCCCAGACUCAGUGCUGCAUUUUGACGUGCUUCUCAUGGAUAUCUGGAAUUCGGAAGAUCAGGUCCAGGUUCACACUUACUUCAAGCCCCCGCGCUGCCCGCGGACCAUCCAGGUGUCCGAUUUCGUUAGGUAUCACUACAACGGCACGUUCUUGGACGGGACACUGUUCGAUUCCAGUCAUAAUCGCAUGAAAACGUAUGACACCUACGUGGGGAUUGGCUGGCUGAUUCCUGGGAUGGACAAAGGGCUGCUGGGGAUGUGUGUGGGGGAGAAGCGCAUCAUCACCAUUCCUCCUUUCCUGGCCUACGGAGAAGACGGAGACGGGAAGGACAUUCCUGGGCAGGCCUCGCUGGUGUUCGAUGUUGCCUUAUUGGACCUGCACAACCCCAAGGACGGCAUUUCCGUCGAGAACAAGGUGGUCCCUGAGAACUGUGAGCGCCGCAGCCAGAGCGGGGACUUCCUCCGGUACCAUUACAACGGCACGCUCCUGGACGGCACCCUCUUCGACUCCAGCUACUCACGGAACCGCACCUUCGACACGUACAUCGGGCAGGGCUACGUGAUUGCUGGGAUGGAUGAAGGCUUGCUGGGAGUUUGCAUCGGAGAGAAGCGGAGGAUUGUGGUCCCCCCUCACCUGGGGUACGGGGAGGAUGGGAGAGGGAAUAUCCCGGGCUCGGCCGUGCUGGUGUUUGACAUCCACGUGAUCGACUUCCACAACCCUUCGGACUCCAUCAGCGUCACGUCCCACUACAAGCCCCCCGACUGCUCGGUGCUGAGUAAGAAGGGGGAUUACCUCAAGUAUCACUACAACGCCUCGCUUCUGGACGGGACCCUGCUGGAUUCCACGUGGAAUUUAGGCAAAACGUAUAAUAUCGUGCUGGGGUCUGGCCAGGUGGUGCUGGGAAUGGACAUGGGCCUCCGGGAGAUGUGCGUCGGAGAGAAGCGGACGGUGAUCAUCCCGCCGCACCUGGGCUACGGGGAGGCCGGCGUGGACGGAGAAGUGCCAGGCAGUGCCGUGCUGGUGUUUGACAUUGAGCUGCUGGAGCUGGUGGCCGGCCUGCCUGAGGGGUACAUGUUCAUAUGGAACGACGAGGUGUCAUCCAACCUCUUCGAAGAAAUCGACAAGGACGGCAACGGAGAAGUCCUCCUGGAAGAGUUCUCCGAGUACAUUCACGCCCAGGUGGCCUCCGGCAGAGGGAAGCUCGCUCCCGGCUUCGAUGCCGAGAUGAUCGUGAAGAACAUGUUCACCAACCAGGACCGCAACGGAGACGGCAAGGUCACGGCCGAGGAGUUCAAACUCAAAGACCAGGAGGCCAAGCACGAUGAACUGUGAGCCUGACCAGCCC